AUGUCUGAAUUCAAUCAAAAUGGAUCUGACUACGACUCGGAGGGCCUACCUCCAUCUGUUAGACGGUAUCUAUAUCAAGGAAAGGAACACUUUUCCCAAAUCAUUAAGCUUGAGCGUGAACGUUAUUGCCUUUCGACGCACCUCACUGAAUUUAUCAUCUUUUCUAUCAACGCUCCCACCUUCCAGCGAGACUUUCUUAACUCCACAACACCAAUUCGGGGUAUCCUUUUCACUUUCGACCCAACAACGAGUACAUUGAUCGUCAAGAUGCUAAGUCAUGGACACCAUCAAGUGGCUAAAGCUUUCGAUCAAGCCAUCGAGGAGGUGCUUAGACCGAUGGGGCUACACCGGGCAAUUUUCACCUACGGCGAGGUAAACAUUGACGUAGCCGGUAUGACAAAACAGCCAGACUGGGGAUGGGGCCCUAGAAGACCCCCUCGUGGCCACCCAAAGCGACCUACGGUAGUUCUCGAGGUUGCAAUUUCGGAGACGAGAAAGAAACUGGAGCAAGAUAUGGCUUUGUGGCUCGACCCCAGCAGGGGUAACACUAACAUCGCUAUAGCCAUUAAGGCAAGCAGAGCCAGACCAACCGUGACCGUUGACAAGUACGAGUGGGACCAUGCCAAUGGCCGGGUCCAAAACUCGCAGCAUAUUGAGGUGCGGGAGAGCGCAGAGGGAGACAAAGUCACAGUCUCCGGAGCCCCCCUACAUAUUCCAUUUGACCUGCUGUUUCUGCGGAGUCCACAGUCUCCUAGAGAGACUGAUUUACAUAUCGGAAAUGAAGAGUUGAAAGAAUUUGCACAAUGGGUCUGGGAUGCUCAGUUUGGGCAGUGA